UCCGAACGAAAAGCUGUAACGAUGUCCGGUUUCAGUUUCGGAACGCCAACAACGUCGGCACCAGCGUUUUCAUUCGGUACGCCAGCAGCAACAACGAGCAUCGCUUCCAUAGCGCCAGUCAACCCUGCGGUGGCGCCCGCACAAGCGACGGGAUUUUCUUUCGGAACUGCUGCUGCUGCUGCUGCUCCUGGGGCCGCUAGCACGACUACUGCUACCGCUUUGCCUGGAUUUAGCUUUGGCAAGUCAACCACAACAACAUCAGCGGCACCACUGGGAACCGGGUUUGGAUUGGGAACAACUUCCACCAGUUCCGCCAGCCCUUUCGGUGGUCUUAGCGUGUCAGCCGGUACUACCGCAACGGCAACAACGACAUCCACCUUUGCGGUGCCAACGCUUAACUUCGGAACAGCGGCUACCGCUACAACCGGUGGCACCAACACGCUCGGCCUAGGAAAUGUCACCGGUGGAGGUCUUUUUGGUGCUGCAAAAUCCACGGCCACGGUUGCGGCAGCCCCUACCACAUCCACCACAACAACCGUCGGCUUGGGAGGGGUAGACAUCAACGCCAACCAACCCAAAUCGGUCGAAGGUAAAAGCGACAACACGAAAGCGAAGGAAUCGCAAGUCCCGCAGGAAAUCAUCAGCACCGUAGAACAUCUGAAGGAACACAUUAAGAAGCAGAAAACGAUCGGUUCAGAUAUUGCCCGUUCCUCCGCCCGGAAGAUGUCGAACGUUUCGAACGAAAUUAAAAACCUGACCAGCAUUCUGGCGGAAAUGUCGAACAGUUUAACCAACAAUCAGAACGCGAUUAAAAUGCUACGGCACGAAACGUCCGGCAUUACGCGCCAGGCGGACAUGGCUCAGCGCACACAGGAAACGCCCGCUGGACUGCAGUUCGAAAACACACUGCCCUUGCAGUACUUUAUCGAGCUGAUCGCCAAGUACGAGUCCGAUCUGAUCAAUCUAAAACAGCAGGUCGAACUAACCGAAAAGCACAUGAACUCGCUUACAACGCCACAAUAUUUUACACCCCACGAUUUGAAGCUUUGUCUGCAGCAGAUCUACGAAAGCUUUGUGGCGCUUGCCGGACGUCUGCACGAACUGCACCAGAAGGUGGAAACACAGAAGGAACAGUACCUUAAUCUGAGACGAUAUCUCUUGCGCGACAAUACGGAUGUGUUCGAGAGCAGCGAAGGAGCGAAGGAAGGCACGAACGUUGCGGACAAAUUUGCGCUCAACAUCUCUUCCGGACCGACACCCUUCUCGACCGUGAUGGGUAACGUGAGCUUUGGAGUUUCGCUACGGCAAACCGGUGCCGGUACAUCGCUGUGGUCUGGGACAGGCGGUGGAGGACUAACCGGGGCAGAUCAAAGCAAAGGUGGUGGCACCUUUGGACAGACGAACUUUUUUGGCUUAAACACGGGAACUAGCGCAGGAACCGGUAGUGAUGCGUUCGGCAAUCGGUUAGGGUUUGGAUUCGGUACAAUGUCCGGUACAGGGGGUGAUGCGUUCAAUUUGCAAAAACCACCGCUAGGGAGCAAAAGAAAUAAAUUGUAAGCUAC